AUGGAGAAAGGUUACAGCCUGGGCUUUAUGUGGCUAUCACGUGCCAGGUCCUGCGUGGGCAGUAAGAGUGUAACAGUAAAAAACGUGCUGGGUGGGAGGACGUGGACCUUCGUGGAGAUUGUGCCCCCUCCAAGGUCUUAUUUUGUCAUCCGCAAGGGACACACUUUGAGUAAAGCAAACUGUCUAAGUGGGCUGAGAGUCUGGUGAAAAGUGCUGGACAUGAAUGAGUCAUGCCUGUUGGGCUUCAUACAUGGCUCCACCAAUAGGGUACAUGGAGUUCCCAAGGCCGCCAGCUGGAAAUGUGGACAAACUCCCAGCCUAAGCCGCUGUGAGAGCCUAGGACUGGAACAUAGCGUCUGCAAGAUCACCGCAGGCCAGCAGUGCCCCAGGUGUCAGGGGUACAGUGUCACCUCAUUCAAGAGGAUCUUGACAGUGCUGACCAGCCAUUCUCUGUGGCCCUAA